UUUGAGGGAAAUACAUUGAAAUUAGCCUUCUCCUCCUGAUAAGGCAGACUGGUUUAAGUUGAAGUAUUCUCGUAACCCUUGAAAUAAUAUUAUUGUACUCAUAUAAAUAUCCCUGAAACAGCUCGUUUUUAGGGUUCGGGAUUAUUUCUCAUUCUUUCUCUUAUACAAGUAGUAUACUCUAUAACUAUGGGUUUAUUUUCAUUCUCAAACUCUAAGAAGGAGGACGAAAUACAAGUCCCUUCACCACAAGACAUGAAGGAAGAAGUCCAAGAAGAAUCACACGGCUUAAUGGACACAUUCCACCAAGCAAAUGAGUCCAUGAAGGAGACAAUGCACAAUGUUCAUUUAUUUGAAGGUGUUGGUAAGUCGAGACAAGAAGACCCCAAUUCUGAUGAUAUGGAUGACUUUGUCAAUCUUUUAGGAUAGCAACGAAAUGGGGUUGAUAACGAUGAUGUGGAUGAUGAAGAUGAACGAGAUGUUUGGUUUUCUUAUCAUUGGUAAUUAUUCUCCAUAUCGUUAUAUUUUUAUGUUUUAUGUUAUAUUGUAUGUAUUCAAUACACUGGGUGUAUUUGUAUC